GGCCACUCCAUCACUCCUCAGUUUCCAAGGUAACUGGGCUGCUCUCCUGAAAGGCGCUACAUCAUCAGCAUCCGUCCAGCGAGGGCUGCUCGAGGCAGGCAGCCCUGCAGUGGAUCGUAUAGCAGGCACCUCCCUCACACACCGCACUGGAUGGAAAAAUGGAGUAGGUAGUGUUAUGCUAAACCAAAAAGCCCCAUCCUCAGGAUCACGCUGUGUUUCGCCAUGAAUGUCGCCGUUUCACCGAUGGCCAGUGAGGCUUCCUCCCCUAUGAUAACCUCUGUGACUCCCACUCUGGAACCCGGCCCUGAUAAACACGAUGAUCCGUGUGGGCCCAGCGCUAACGGAGAUGGGCAGACCCAAAAACAAGAUCCCUACCGUAGGUACCAAAAACCCCCUCCUCUUCACACAGGGGCCGACUGGAAGGUGGUUCUGCAUCUGCCAGAGAUCGAGAACUGGCUGAGGACAACGACGGAGAGAGUCAGAGAUCUCACACACUCUGUGCAGCAAGACAGCGUCAAUAGACACGUGGAUGUGCACCUGGUACAACUCAAGGACAUCUGUGAAGACAUAUCGGAUCAUGUCGAGCAGAUCCACGCCCUGUUGGAGACCGAGUUCUCCCUAAAGCUCCUGUCCUACUCUGUGAACAUCAUAGUGGACAUCCGGAGCGUGCAGCUCCUCUGGCACCAGUUGCGAGUGUCCGUGUUGGUUCUGAAAGAGAGGCUUCUCCAGGGCCUUCAGGACUCCAACGGCAACUACACCCGCCAGACUGACAUACUGCAAGCCUUCAGCCAGGAUCACGACGAGACUCGGCUGGACGCUUUGACAGAAGUGGACGACUCUGGCCAACUGACCAUUAAAUGCAGCAAGGACUACUUCUCCUUGGACUGUGGCAUUACUGCUUAUGAACUGAGCGACUAUAGCCCCAUCGACGACCCCGAAGGUCGAGGGCCACGCUCUCUUUAUCCCGAGUUGGAGCAAGACUUUCCAGAGCUGCUUCAGAGUGUGGAUCUCCUCAACAUCGCGGCCUCUAGACAAAACCAGGUGUCAUCUCCACCUGCAGAAGAGUCCGUUGCCUCCACCCAGGACCCUCAAGAGACAAUCAGCGUCCCCACCGAAGAAGAAACUGCACCAGAUUCAGCAAUGCAGGGAGAUAGCGGUUUUGGCCUUUCCAAACGCCCUCUUCAAGGAGGGUUUAAGAGUGACAUGUCUCCCACACAGCCUUUGCCUAAAAAGCCCAUGUACCUGGAGCGUGAUGGAGACACAAGGUGCACUAGAUCCUCGCCUCUCCAGUUCCAGGCUGACUUGAGCAGAAGCACACCCUCCCUUCUGGAUACACCAGAUCGCUCGAAGUUCUGGCUGGAGCUGGAAUCAGUCUAUCCUGCCAAUGGCAGUCAAUCCUACGAGAGUCUCCAUGCCGUGAAUGGGAGAAAUUUGCAGUUGAGUCUCAAGAGACCAUCGGUGCCCGGUGAAGUCCCUUUAGAGAGACGCUCAUCAGAGGCCGUGCAGGGAUUUCACACACAGAAGCACUUCAAGACUAUGCACUCCAAAGCCAAGCAGGCCUACAGUGACUCUUCCAGCCCUCCACCAUCUUCAGGGGAGGAUAUCUCAGAGCCUGAACAGCGGGCAAUGUCAUCCAGCCCAGACGAUCAAGCUCCCACCACCGGUACUCUCUGGAUCGUGAACCAGAACGCUCUGUGCAUCUCCAAUGCACCAGGCAGCCCCAAAGAACAUUGGUACGGCUCAGAUGAGUUCCUCGCUCUUCCUGCCCAGCUGAAAAAGACAGAGAUGUUGACGAUGAAGCUGGAAAGCCUCGCUCAGGCUUUACCACAAAGAGGCCUGGAAGAGUCCAUCCAGGAUGUGGAUGACUGGGAGCUCACUGAGGUCAACCCUGAUUGGGAAAGCAGCAAUGAUCUCCUUUUGCUUCACCCCUAUAAGAAGCCGUCCCGAGUCGGGCGCUUUUCACCUACCUCCUCGAGCGACGUGGCACCUUCAAUUGAUGACAGCAUCGAGUCCGGCCCACUCAGCGACCUGUUGUCCGAGGACGAGGGGGCACGAAGUACACCAGAAUCCAGGGGUAGAAAUUCAUCGGCUGGCCGGCCCAGUGCACCAAAGAUGAUAUUCCAAUGCACACCGUUGAUACAGCAGCUGCUGGUAGAUAUUCAGCACCAAGAGAACUACCAUGAUGUCUGGGCAAAGAUAGAGGGUUUUGUCAGCAAACUGGACGAAUUCAUCUGCUGGCUGAGAGAUGCUCUCGAAACCACAGACAACUGGACGCCACCCAGAGCUGAUAUCGACAGCCUCAGACUCUACCUGGAAACUCACCUUAGUUUCAAACUCAACGUGGACAGUCACAGCGCUCUGAAAGACAGUCUCCUGGAGGAGGGACGGCAGCUCCUGGAACUCAUCACCUCCCACAAAUCAGGACUGCGGGACAUGCUCCACAUGAUAUCCCACCAAUGGCAGGAGCUGCAGAGACAGAUCCGCCGUCAGCACAACUGGAUGCUCCGCACGCUGGACGCCAUCAAAACCCACAUCCUGUCCAGCGAGAGGGACGAGGAGGAGCAGGAGACUCACAGUCAUCACGGCAGCCCCAAGCAGGUGGAGGUCCAACAGAGCCAUCGAGAGGCCCAGAAAGAUGUUCUGGAUCAGAUGAGAGUGAAACUUAAAAGUCAGCAGUACUGCUCCAACAGCAGAAGCGUCGACUUCACACUGAUGUCCAAGUCUAACAGCCUAUCAGAGUUUGAGGCGGAGUACCAGGAGCUCUGGGAUUGGCUGAUGGACAUGGAAUCUAUAGUGACGGACAGCCAUGAUCUGAUGAUGUCAGAGGAACAGCAGCAUCACCUGUAUAAGGGCAACAGUGUUGAGAUGUCCAUGUGGCUUCCUAAGAAGACACAGCUUCUUGGCUGGUCUGAAUCUCUGAAGAGGAGCGGCACUGAACUUCCUGCUGACUUUGACCAGAAGCUGACGGCCCUCAGGAGCAAAUGGGAUCAACUCGAGAAAACCCUGGCGGAGCAUGUGGAGCCCAGUGUGGGCCAGCGGAGUCAGCGUGAACUUCUGUCUCCAGACACCAAUAGGAUGGUGACCCAGCUGGAGAGCCGGAUAAAGGAGUUAAAGAGCUGGCUGAGAGAAACCGAGCUCUUCAUCUUCAAUCUAAAUCUCAGACCAGAAGCACAACAAUGUGAGAGCGCCACUCAAGACGCCGAUGACCCACAACACGACCCGCAGGCCACCAAACAGCUGCAGCACUUCAAGGCUCUGUGUAUGGAGGUGCGGGGCAGACGGAAGGGCAUUUCUUCCGUGCUGAGGCUCUGUCAGAGGCUGCUGGACGGGCCUGAACAGCAGAGCUCAGAGGCAGAGCGCCAGUCGCUGCAGCUGCUGCAGGUCAACCUGGAGAGACGUUGGGAGGCCAUCGUCAUGCAGGUCCUUCAGUGGCAGACCAGACUGAAACGCUCGCUGGGCAGAGACCAGGUCCCUGAGAAUCUCAUUGAGCCUUCUCUCAUGGACCUCCAUGGCCACACGGAGGACUCUUGGGAGUGGGACGAGAUGGACAUGACCAUCUGUGAUGUGGAUGCACAGGGUUGCGAAGAUGAGCAAAACCCUAAAUCCAAAUCACAGCUUAAUUCCCCAAAGGAGUCGUUGAGUCUCACUGAGUCAUGCCCAAAUGACACACACUGCGGAGCAGCCUUGAGUUCCGCAGAAUUGAAUGCCACUUCUCGUGUUUACCAGGUGUACAGUCUGCAUAAUGUUGAACUCUACCAACAACCCCAAUAUAAUCACAAAUCAUCCUCAACCAAAACCGAACAGUCACUGUCGAAGCGCCUGAGCAUGGACUCCUCCUUCUCCUCAGCCGAAUCCCUACCUGAUAUCCUGGGAGAUCUGUUGAAGGGGAAGCAUGGGCUUCUGUCAGAUUCAGCCAGGAGAUCUGAAAGCGAAAGUGGGAUAGUUAGUGAAGGGGACAUGGAGACCACGGGUAACUCUGAGGUUUGCCUGCUGUUCCAGAGCGAUGAUCCGAAAGUUUGUGUUACUCUCACCCCUCCUAUGAGAGAAGAUGAAGACAGAGUCUCAGAUGAAGACAUAGACAGAGUUUUGGAGCGUGCCAACAAGUGUGCAGAAUAUGGUGACAGCCUUACCAUUGGGGAGAGAGACCAGCAAUGGCAUAUCGUGAGAAAGGAGAGAGAAGAUGGUGGAGAAAGCAGGAAGAAACACUGCAAGGACCCAGCGAAGAACGAAUAUCUCAACGAAGAAAGGGUGACUACACAACGAAAGCUCCAAAAGGAUUUCGCGCAGCUCUCCCAGGGGUCUUCCCUUGACUCUUUGUUCGCUGUAGGAGAGUUAUUCCCAUCGAGCAAAGAGGCAUUGACUCGUAGCACUUCCCUGGAAAGUUGGCUUGCGCCAUGUAAAAGCGCAGAGGACGCUGGUAGUAAGGAAAGUCUGAGGGACAUCGAAUCGACUGUGGAGCCCACGGGGGAGCUCAGCAGAAGAACUCUGGAGCUUCUAAAGCGCCUUGAGAACAUCCAAAGCCCUCUUGCAAUGAAGAUGACGCGCAGCGUCUCUGACGUAACACUCCAGAGCAGCUCGCUGUGGCGUGGGUCACGCUCGGCUGGCGCUCCCUCCUCCAUUAACGAGAGCUCGGCAGCCUCCCUGACAGAGUUGAGCAGCACCGAGGAUUCGUCCGUGGCAUCCGAAGACCUAGCUGUGCAAAUGAACCGCUGUGUGGCCGCCGAGUCCAACGCAUCCUUCCGUAAGCAUUGCCGCAGCCAGCAACAAGCCGACGAGACCGACGCAAGCAUCAGCAUGGUCGUCAACGUAUCCUGCACUUCAGCCUGCACUGAUGAUGAGGAUGAUAGUGAUCUUCUCUCCAGCUCCACUCUGACGCUCACCGAAGAAGAGCUUGGUAUUAAAGACGACGAAUCUAGUGUAACCUCAGAGGAGGAGUACAUUGAAGGUUCCCUUGCUCUUGGGCUGGAUUACAUAAAGGAUGAGUUUCAAAGCUGGAUGAAGCCUAGAUCUCAAGGUAAAGAGAAAAAUGAGGCAGAUCUAGUGGAUGAACUCCAGUGUGGCACCAUGUCGAAAGACAUCCUGUCACCCGUUAAGACCACCAACGAUCGUCACUUUCUCAGCCGGUCCGCGCUGAAACUCUUGGAAGCCAAGACUAAUGCUAAAAACGAGAGCCUUAAGCAAGGGGAGGUGGAUGGCAGCCGGAGGGAUGCCACUAGGAACUAUAUCAGCCGCUUCGUGGACGAUAUGGAAAAUGGGAAUGUCGAGAGCUCUCACAUCAAAGGGAAAGAUGAAGACGACGAGCUGCUGAGGGAAGAGGGAAGCCUGCUAACCAAGAAAGGGGAGUCAUUCAAAGGCUCUUAUGUGGCGGAUGCAAACAUGGUGACCGCCACCUCUCCGUCCUCAUGCGAACAGUUGAGCUUGUGCUCUCUUGAAGGGCAGUUGAAAGGCGAGCUGCCCUGUCACAAUUCCCACCGUCCCUCGCCCUCCAUCUCGCCAGUAGACGAGUGUUCUGGAUUAGCUGCACACUCUCACAGCCGACAGAAGCAGCUCGCCGCCUUUCUGAAUGACGUCCACGAGAACCAUCAAGAAAGCUCUUCAGAGAGCUGCAACCACCCUGCUUUCAUCUCUGAAGAGGCCAAGAGCGACAGUGUCCAUGACUUUGUGAUGGAGAUCAUCGACAUGACAUCUGUGGCCCUGAAGACCAAAGAGGCGCAGGCCGAGCAGCCUACGGAGGCGUGUAGCCCGACGUCCGUCUCUCAGAUCAGAGAGAAGGUCCUCGAGCACUCCCAUCGGCUUAUCCAUUUGCGCAAGGGCGACUUCUACUCCUACCUGUCGCUGUCGUCGCACGAUAGCGACUGCGGAGAGGUCAGCACCUGCGCGGAGGACAAGAGCAGCACCCCGAUCCUUUCGAGCACGCCAGAUAUCCGUGACGAAGAGCCGCUCUUCGAGGCCUGCACCGAGGAAGUGUACUUGGGCCCGCCGCUCUGUUACAGCAUGUCCGUUAGCAAACGGCCCACGAGACACGGCGGCAAACCAAUAGAGGCCGUCGGUCUCCCAAGCCCAGCGCCUUCGUCAGGCUGCGAUGAAUACCAAAAAGCACAUGGUAUUUCUCAAGGAAGUGUAGCUGGUAGCCAGCCAGAGUGCCAUAAUGAGGCGCCUUAUCUUAAUCCUUUACCAUGUGAAACCCCGAUAGAUACUGUUGAAUGUUUUGCAGAUACUAAAAUGCUUGAAUCCAAUAUUUCCCCUGUAAUGACUAAGAUAAGAGUCUCUUGCUCCACUACAAAUCCUUUAAGAGAGGAUGGCAGCCUUUAUAUUAAUCCCAAAAUUAACUGUCCGCUGAUAAGGAAGACUGAUAGCGAUGAAAGGGCUCCUGCUUCACAGUUGAUGAAACAGAAGAACGUCGGCAAAGGGCGCCGCUCUCUACAGGAAGCCAAGUCGACUCAUAAACAGCUGGCAAGGUCAGAGAUCAGCGGUGGUGUUGCGGAGGGCUGCAGGGCUCAGAUGAGCGGUCCGCAGACAGAUAGCUCAUCUGCAGGAAGGAGUAGAGUCAGCAGCAGGCCUCAGGUCAAGAGAAUCUCUGGAAGUGUCGCCACACCUGUAUGUAAACCCUGACUGAUCUAGUGGAGGCUCUCUGAGGUCAGACGCUCCACCUCUGGAUGGUGACGUGGGGUCUGGAACGGACACCUAAAUGGAUGUUAGUGCAUGGGCCAUUAGUCUGGCACUUUAGAGAUCUACGUCCUUCAUCCUCAGCACCCUCAUCCUCUUCCUUCUGGCUGCUUUGCUAUUUACCCGUGACCUUUGCCCUCCUGGUGACCACCACUUCAAGCUCCACACUAGACUGAGCUACCUCACCAGUCUUCCACCAUCCCGACCCCUAAACGUACACCGCUAAAGUACACGUAAACCUCUUCUAUCAUAUCCCAGAUGAUACUAGACCUGAUCAGCCAGCUAGCGCAGAUUCAGUUAUUUAAGGGUCGCCCCAUCAAUCAGUAAUGUGGUCCUAAUCAGCCUCGUACGAGACGUGACGUCGUUGUCUCCACGCUGUAAGAUCGCUCACGCGGAGGUUAUCAAACAGGCUUCGCGUUCUUCUCUAGCCGACUGACGUAGCGCCACAGUUUCUAUGCAACACGACGGUUGUGUGAUGUUGUGUGGCAUGUGAUCUUUGAUGCGAUAUCGUUUUUUUUUACUCCCUGAUAAACAAAGAAAUGUAUAAACAUUUUGUGCCUUGCAGUUACAUUUUGUUAAACACUGCUUCACCCCCCGUUGUGUGUCCUGUGAUCGGUGAGAAAGCAGACGUGCGGCAAGGCUGAGAAUGACGAAUGGGCAUCUGUAAAUAUGUAAACUGUACGUUCAAACCCUGGUGUAUAAUGAUGUCAUAUUACUUCAUAGUCGUGUUACUGUUUGUGUUACGUGACGUGGAUAAAUAGCUACUGUUAGACUGCAUGGUGAACUAUGUACAAGAAAACUUCCAUAAAUAAACCUAAUUUAA